GAAGUGUGUCACGCUUUCGACCACCGAAGCAAAGUACGUCGCGCUAGGUGACGUAGUGAAAAAGAAUUUUGUUUUUGAGGCAGAUUUGGCGUUUCAUGUUGCCGCAGGUCGGCAUGCCGUGCAUCCCCAUCUUCGAGGACUACCAGGGGGCGAUUCAACUAGCGCAGAACCCCAUCUCAAACUCGAACUCGAAGCACAUAGAUGUAAGGCACCAUUUUCUCAGGGAACUGGUAGAGAGGAAGGAAAUUUCGGUCAUCCACGUGCCGUCGCCGUACCAGCGUGCAGACUUUCUUACGAAGAGUUUGUCGAAGGAUGCUUUCGAGUCCCACCGUGAUUUUGUGAUGAACUUGGCAUGA